CUCAUUCCCGGCUCCAUGCCAACCAUAAGAAUGCUUUCGGCCAAAUCCUAUCCGAUCUCGUGCCAUUUCCCGUCUUCCUUUCGCUCCCUCGUCAAUCGCCAAAACCCUAAACCCCAAUCUCUCCCUGCCUCCCAAAUCCCAGUCCUCGGAGCUCGAUCUAGACUUCUUCUUCAUCGAACCCUCAUCCCAAGAAGAGUUCUUGGCAUAAAUCCUGUGACUUUGCCACUUGGGAAGAGGGGUAUCCUCCAGAUAUGCCGAGAUUCCGUCGAAAGAGAGGAUUUUGAAGCCGGCCUCGGGGAGAAGGAGAAGGUUUUGGUGGAGAGGAGUGAGGAUGGCGGUGGGAGUGACUGGACCACGUCGGUUCUGCUCUUUGGGUUGUGGGCGGGGCUAAUGUAUUAUGUUUUCCAGCUCGCACCGGACCAAACACCGUAUAGGGAUAUUUAUUUUUUGCAAAAGCUAUUGAACCUGAGAGGAGAUGAUGGCUUCGUAAUGAACCAAGUGCUUGUAGCUCUAUGGUACAUUAUGGGUCUUUGGCCCCUAGUGUACAGCAUGUUGUUAGUUCCUACCGGAAGAAGUUCAAGAAGCAAGAUUCCAGUCUGGCCAUUCCUAUUAGUUUCAUUCUUCGGUGGAGCAUAUGCUCUUAUUCCUUAUUUUGUUCUUUGGAAGCCACCUCCACCAGCUGUUGGAGAAGAUGAGAUCAGGGGUUGGCCUUUAAAUUUUCUCGAGUCAAAGAUUACUGCUGCAGUUACAGUUGCUGCAGGCAUGGGCAUGAUCGUAUAUGCUGGUUUAGCUGAUGGAGAUGUGUGGGAGGAAUUUUACCAAUACUUCAGAGAAAGCAAGUUUAUUCAUAUCACAUGCAUUGACUUUUCGCUAUUCACGGCAUUCUCACCAUUCUGGGUGUACAACGAUAUGACUGCUAGGCGAUGGCUAAAUAAAGGUUCUUGGCUUUUGCCAAUUGCACUGGUUCCAUUCAUCGGUCCAGCGUUGUAUCUGCUUCUACGCCCGUCUCUGUCAGCGCUACCCAUGUUUACCUCUUCCACCACCGCAGAGAAUGAUUAGGUGCAGUCCCAUGUUAUUCUGCUUGUUCCAUCAGAAUUUGUUGGACUCCAAUCUCAGUGUUAGCAGAAGCUGAGGAUGAAUACGCCGAAGACUGGAUGCGGGACAAAUAUACGCCAUCGCUGACAACAAUAUGAUCAAAUGCCUUUUGUGGGGAUAUUUUGAAAGCCAGCUUGAGGCUAAUUCAACAGCACAAAAUACAUCCAAUCAAAUGUCAACUAAUUACUUGAACAAGAAAGUUGUAAAAAUGCUCUUUCGUAUGUAUGAUCGAAGAGAAACGGUACUGCAUCUUUGUCAUAUGCAUUUUAGAUACCCUGCAUUUAACUCA